AUGCCGUCCGCAAAGCCCGCAGAGAAGGGCGAGUCCUCAACCGCUUCCUCCAAGAAGGCAUUGGCUGCCACCUCGAACGGCACUGUCACAUACGAGCUGCCAUGGGUAGAGAAAUACAGACCGGUCUUCCUUGACGACGUAGUCGGAAACACAGAGACUAUCGAGCGGUUGAAGAUUAUUGCGAAGGAUGGCAACAUGCCGCACGUCAUCAUAUCGGGCAUGCCGGGAAUCGGAAAGACGACGAGCGUGCUGUGUCUGGCGCGACAGCUGUUGGGAGAUGCGUACAAGGAGGCGGUGCUGGAGUUGAACGCCAGUGACGAGAGAGGUAUCGACGUCGUCCGAAACCGAAUCAAGGGCUUCGCCCAGAAGAAAGUGACCCUACCGGCCGGCCGCCACAAGCUCGUGAUCCUCGACGAAGCCGACAGCAUGACGUCGGGCGCGCAGCAGGCCCUCCGGCGCACCAUGGAGAUCUACUCCAACACGACGCGCUUCGCCUUCGCGUGCAACCAGUCCAACAAGAUCAUCGAGCCGCUGCAGUCGCGGUGCGCAAUCCUGCGGUACGGGCGGCUGACCGACGCGCAGGUGGUGAAGCGGCUGGUGCAGAUCAUCGAAGCCGAGGGGGUGCAGCACAGCGACGACGGGCUGGCGGCGCUCGUGUUCAGCGCCGAGGGCGACAUGCGCCAGGCCAUCAACAACCUGCAGAGCACGCACGCCGGCUUCGGCUUCGUGAGCGGCGAUAACGUGUUUAAGGUCGUCGAUUCCCCGCACCCCAUCAAGGUGCAGGCCAUGCUGAAGGCGUGCUACGAGGGCGACGUCCUCGGCGCGCUGGACGGGCUGCGCGAGCUGUGGGAUUUGGGCUACUCGAGCCACGAUAUUAUCAGCACCAUGUUCCGCGUCACCAAGACCAUCCCGACGCUGAGCGAGCACGCGAAGCUCGAGUUCAUCAGGGAGAUCGGGUUCACGCAUAUGAAGAUUCUGGAAGGUGUGCAGACGCUGCUGCAGCUGAGUGGCUGCGUGGCAAGGCUGUGCAAGAUCAAUAUGGACCCGAAGAAGUUUGAGACGAGAAAGACGUAG